UAUGUAUGAUUCUAUUGAAGAAUUCUUGCAAGGACAAUAACCUUAUGUCAGUAAGCUGAUAUAUUUAGUUUAUUGAAAGCAUUAGCUCAUUCGGGCAAUUGGGAAAGAGCCCUUUUAUUCUUUGAAUGGGUAGUGUUGAAUUUAAAGUCUUCUAAUGUCAAAAUAGACAAUCAAGUUGUUGAGCUAAUGGUUAGAAUUCUUGGGAGAGAAUCACAGCAUUCGAUUGCAUCCAAGCUGCUCGAUGUAAUUCUGCUUGAGGAUUAUUCUCUUGAUGUUCGAGCAUAUACGACCAUUCUUCAUGUGUAUUCUCGUACUGGCAAGUACAAAAGAGCAAUCUCUGUGUUUGAGAGAAUGAAGGAGACAAUGCUGCCUCCUACUUUAGUCACUUAUAAUGUCAUGCUUGAUGUUUAUGGGAAGAUGGGUCGUUCUUAGGAUAAAAUUUUAGGCCUACUGGAUGAAAUGAGAAGUAAUGGACUCAAAUUUGAUGAAUUUACUUGCAGUACUGUGAUAUCUGCUUAUGGGAGAGAGGGUCCGCUAAAUGAAGCAAAGGGGUUCUUUGCAAAAUUGAAGUCCCAAGGCUAUGUACCUGGGACGGUUACCUAUAAUGCAAUGCUCCAAGGAUUUAUUCAGAGGCCUUGAGCAUUUUGAAAGAGAUGGAGGAUAAUAACUGUACUACCAACUUUGUAACGUAUGAUGAGCUUGUGGCCGCUUAUGUGAGAGCUGGGUUUUACAAGGAAGGAGCAGCCCUAAUUGGGACAAUGAUGCACAAAGGAGUGAUGCCAAAUGCUGUUACGUAUACAACUGUGAUCAAUGCCUAUGGGAAAGCAAGAAAGGAGGAACAGGCUUUGAAAUUGUUUGACAAGAUGAAAAAAUCAAGAUGUGUCCCUAACGUGUGCACUUACAAUGCUGUGCUUGGGAUGUUAGGGAAAAAGUCACGAUCAGAGGAGAUGAUAAAGAUACUUUGUGACAUGAAAUCAAGUGGAUGUUCCCCUAACCGCAUUACAUGGAACACAUUGCUUGCCAUGUGUGGUAACACGGGAAUGCACCAAUAUGUUAACCGAGUCUUUCAGGAAAUGAAGAGUUGCGGUUUCGAGCUUGAUAGAGACACAUUUAACACUUUGAUUGUAGGUUUUGUGCCAUGUGCCACAACUUACAAUGCGCUUCUAAAUGCUUUGGCUAGAUGUGGUGACUGGAAAGCAGCAGAAUCUGUUAUUCUAGACAUGAAAAAUAAAGGCUUCAGACCUAAUGAAACCUCGCACUCUUUGAUGCUUCAGUGUUAUGCAAAGGGAGUAAAUGUAAAAGGGAUAGAGAAGAUUGAGAAAGAAAUAUAUGGUGGUUGUAUCUUUCCGAGCUGGGUACUUUUAAGAAUCCUUGUUCGUGCAAACUUCAAAUGUGGAGCACUGGUGGGUAUGGAGAGGGCAUUUCAGGAAUUGCUUAGAAGGGGUUAUAAACCUGAUUUGGUUUUGUUCAAUUCAAUGCUUUCCAUUUUUGCCAAAAACAGCAUGUAUGAGAAGGCCCAUGAAACGUUUAACUUGAUUUGCUUCAGUGAGCUACAACCUGAUCUUGUCACCUACAACAGCUUGAUGGACAUGUAUGCCAGAGUGGGAGAAUGUUGGAAAGCUGAGGAAAUUCUCAAAGGGCUACAGACAUCUGGUGGAAAUCCGAACCUUGUGUCUUACAAUACUAUCAUUAAAGGAUUUUGCAGGCAAAGGCAUAUGCAGGAGGCCCUAAGAAUUCUAUCUAAAAUGACAACCAAAGGGAUCCAACCAUGUAUUUUUACUUACAAUACUUUUCUGGCAGGCUAUGCAGCACAGGGGAUGUUCAAAGAAAUAGAUGAAGUGAACAGCCACAUGAUUCAGCACAACUGCAGACCAAAUGAUCUUACGUACAAGAUUGUGGUGGAUAGCUAUUGUAAAGCAAGAAAAUACAAAGAAGCCAUGGACUUUCUUUCAAAGAUCAAGGAGAUGGAUAGCUUUUUGAUAACUAGUCAAUACAAAGACUUGCUGUCCGCAUAAGAGAGAAACUGGAGUCAUGAAUUCUGAAGAUUCCUGUCAUUUUCCUUGCUUCUUGAAGAAAAUACCUAGGUCAAUCUUGGUGGAAUAUUUGACCAACUGACUGGCUUGUUCAUAUUUCUCCUCAAUCAAGUUACCAAUAGCCA